AUGGUCAUGAAGGCAAUUGUUGAUCGUUUUAAAGUGGUUUCUUCAAGGCUUAUAGCUUCUGAGCAAACUAGUUUUGUAGCAAGACGGAACAUUACUGAUAACAUUGUUAUUGCGCAAGAAGUUAUACAUUCCAUGAGGGGUACACAGAAAAACAUGCAAUGUAUGGCUAUCAAAGUAGACCUCGAGAAGGCCUAUGAUCGAGUUCGUUGGGAUUUCAUCGAUGCGUCACUUCAAGCUGCAUUUGGCAAUUGGUCUCCUAUUAGACAAGCUCAAGAUGGCCCACUGUUAUCUCAUCUUUUCUUCGCUAAUGGCUUGAUUCUUUUUGGUCAUACUGAUGAUAACCAAACCUGUGUCAUGAAAGACAUUCUUGAUGAAUUUUGUGACUAUUCGAUAUACCGGAUCAAUAUACAAAAGACAAAUAUUUUCUUUUCCAAGAGUGUGGAUGACAGCUUGGGGAGAUGUAUAAGCGACUUUUUGGGUUUUCCAGAAGUAAUUAAUUUGGGGCAUUAUCUUGGUGUGCCACUUUUACAUGACAAGGUUACUAGUAGCACAUUACGCUUUGUGGUGGAUACAGUGCACAGUAAAUUGACUAGCUGGAAUACCAGACAACUCUCUUUUGUUGGUAAGGUCACUUUGGCGCAAUCGAUUUUGCUUUCGAUUCCCAUUUGCUUCAUGCAGACGAUGAUGGUUCCCAAAGGCAUUUGUGCUGAGAUUGAGUGCAUGUUAAGGAAAUUUGUUUUGGGGAUCUCAUAA